AUGGCAAAGCAAAAUAUAAUCUCAAAGAACGCAAAUGACGUAGUAAUUGUAUCUGCUGUAAGGACACCAAUUACUCGGGCUAGAAAGGGUGGUUUAGCCGGUACUCUCCCAGAGAAACUGCUGGCCCACGCUUUUAAAGAAUCCAUCCAGCGUGGCAAAUUAGAUCCAAAGCUUAUCGAAGAUAUCGCCGUUGGAAAUGUUUUGCCACCAGGUGGAGGUGCCAGCCUUGCACGUAUGGCCCAACUCUACGCUGGUAUUCCCCACUCGGCAGCUAUUAAUACCGUUAAUCGCCAGUGCUCGUCUGGUUUACAAGCAGUGUCUCAGAUCGCACUCGAAAUCGCUUCUGGCCAGAUCGACGUUGGUAUUGGUGCAGGCGUUGAGUCUAUGACUGCUCACUACGGCGCUGGCGCUAUGCCACCUAACCUCGACCAAGAUGUUCUCUCUAAUCAAGAGUCAGCCGAUUGCCUAAUUCCAAUGGGUAUCACUUCUGAGAAUGUCGCUAAAGAUUUCGGUAUUUCUCGCGCAGCUCAAGAUGAAUUCGCUGCACAGUCUCAGCAGAAAGCUGCAGCCGCUCAAAAGGCAGGCAAGUUCACUAACGAAAUCGCCCCUAUCAUGGUCAACAGUGAAGAUGGUACCCAUAAACUUAUCGACAAGGACGAUGGUAUCAGAGAUGGCGUCACCAAGGAAACUCUUGCCAAGCUGAAGCCAGCAUUCGAUCAGAAUGGUUGUACGCACGCAGGCAACGCAUCUCAAGUCUCAGAUGGUGCAGCUGCCGUCGUUCUCACAAGGCGCAGUAACGCAGAGAAGCUUAAAUUACCUAUUCUUGGCAAAUUCGUCGCUUCGGCUGACGUUGGUUGUCCACCACGUAUUAUGGGUAUUGGUCCAGCUGUUGCUAUUCCAAAGGUUCUUCAAAAGGCUGGUUUGUCUAGCUCUGAUGUCGAUAUCUACGAGAUCAACGAGGCAUUUGCAUCGCAAGCACUCUACUGCGUUCAGAAACUUGGAUUAGAUCCUGUCAAAGUCAAUCCAAACGGCGGUGCCAUUGCCCUCGGUCAUCCUCUUGGAUGCACUGGUGCUCGUCAGAUUGCAACCAUCUUAUCAGAAGCUAAGAGAAUUGGUGCUAAGGUUUUAUGUACCUCUAUGUGCAUUGGCACGGGAAUGGGCAAAGCUAGUAUCAUCAUCAACGAGCAAUGA